AUGUUAUAUUUUAAAAGAUCAAAUGGUGAUUUAAGGAAAUGCCUUUUAGAUUUUAGCAAUAUUACCAUCAAAAGUUAUUCCACAUAUUCACAUAUAAAUAAAGGAGAAAAAUAUAAAAAGAAAAGCAUUAUGAUUCCCGUUUUUUUAAAAAUUUUUACUGCGUUAUUUCUUGGAAUCUUAUGUUUUCUUUUAGGAUGUUUAUUCAAAGAGAAAAAUCUUCAAAUUUCUGCACCAAAAUUUAAUAAAGAUCAUCUAAGGAUUCUAGUAGAGAAAGAAUCAUGGUAUUUAAAUAGUCUUGAAUACAUGAAUCGUCCACCUGAAGAGUUUGAAAGACAUCUUAUUAAAUUUAUAGUUUCAAUAAUGAAAGAUAUGCUUAUAAAUUGGGAAGAUAUAUGUUUUAAUAGAAAUGUAAGACUUCACCCAUUAGGAGGGACAUGGAAACGAGAAAUACUCAAGCAUUGGUUUGAUAAAGUGCACAGAGAUAUAAAAAAUAUUUGUGAUAAAAUUUCUGAAGAAUGUGAGAUAUUUAAUAAAGGCUAUUCUACUGAUUUAUUAUUUGCCUGUUUAAUGGCUUUGCUAGGGUAUUGA